AUGGGACAUCAUAAAUGGACUAAGAUGGUCCCUUCCACGUGGAGAGAAGGGAGAUGGGCGGUUCGGAGCAUGCUGUGGGUAAAUAAGGAUGUGGAAGCGGAGCAAGUACAGAUCGAGUCGCCGGACCUAACAGCGGCUGUGAUUCGGCUUCCUGAGCGACGGAUUUUGAUAGCAUCGGUUUAUGUGGAAGGAGGCAAUGCCGCUACGUUGAACGACACUUGCGAUCACCUCAGAAAAGCGAUCACCAAAGUACGGCGAGACUUGGGAACGGUGGUGGAGAUCAUGAUCAUGGGGGACUUUAACCGCCAUGAUCAACUGUGGGGAGGAGACGAGGUGUCCUCGGUCAGACAAGGCGAAGCGGAUUCGAUCAUCGAUCUUAUGAAUGAAUUUGGACUCAGCAGCCUGCUUAAACGAGGCACCAAGAUAUGGUACGGCGGAGGAUAUUCGGGGGACUGCGAGUCGACGAUCGACCUCGUUCUCGCCUCGGAAAACCUGACGGACUCGAUGACCAAAUGUGCGGUCCACGGAACGGGGCACGGCUCAGAUCAUGUUACUAUUGAGACUGUUUUUGUUGCGCCUUGGAUAGCUCUAACGCAGACAGACAGACUGCUGCUCAAGAAUGCACCGUGGAAAGAGAUCAAUGCCAGAAUCGCGAGCACGCUAACUACCACUCCGGUGGAAGGUUCCGUGCAGCAGAAGACCGAUCGGCUAAUAUACGCGGUGUCGGAAGCGGUUCGUGCGUUGACGCCGAAGGCCAAACCGUCACCGCACGCAAAGCGGUGGUGGACGGCGGACUUGACGCAACUUCGUCAAAUAUACAUAUAUUGGAGAAACCACGCCCGCGCAGAGCGACGGGCAGGGCGCAAGGUGCCACGGCUAGAGGACAUGGCUGCAAGCGCCGCGAAGCAAUACCACGACGCGAUUCGGAAACAAAAGAAGAAACACUAG